AACACUACUUGUCAGUUGUCAAUAUUUUUUCGAAUUUGUUUCUGGAUUAUUUUUGUUUUGUUUACAGUUAACCGAGCUAACUAUCAUGUAUUUCGGUGUUUAUAAUUCUAAAAGUCUCCUGUGUCUAAUAAGUGCAUUGGUACUAGUUCAAACUGAUAAUAAAGAUUCCACGUGUUCAAGUUUAAAAGGGGAAAUAUGUGCCGAAAAUCACAAUAAAUAUAGCAAAGAAGUCAACGAUUGGCAUUCGAGAAUAAAUAGUGAAAUUCGAAAUGCAUUAGAUAAGUAUGAACCGUGCGUGGCAAAGAACUGUAGUUGUCAUAAAGAUGUUAUUGCCAAGGAUUUGCUACCAUUUAGUAGUGGCAUUACGAAGGAAAUGUUUGCACAGGCUGAAACUAAAGGCACAAAGUAUCAGAUUAUAGAGGGCCAUCUGUACCGUCAAAAAGACUGCCACUUUCCUGCAAGAUGUGCAGGCAUUGAGCAUUAUCUGAAAUCCCUGUUACCUAAGCUCCCUAAUAUGGAACUAGCAAUUAAUACAAGAGAUUGGCCACAAAUUAAUAAAGAAUGGGGCCACAAGGCAGCACCAGUGUUCUCAUUCAGUAAGACCAAGGAUUAUUACGACAUUAUGUAUCCUGCAUGGAGUUUUUGGGAAGGUGGACCAGCAAUAGCACUCUACCCUACGGGCAUUGGUCGUUGGGAUCAACACCGAUUAACAAUUUCGGCGGCUGCUGAAAAAUGGCCUUGGGACAAGAAAGAAGGAAAAGGGUUUUUCAGAGGGUCAAGGACAAGUGAAGAGAGGGAUGCUUUAGUUUUAUUGUCAAGAUCAAAUCCAGAACUCAUGGAUGCACAGUAUACAAAGAACCAAGCUUGGAAAUCUGAUGCAGAUACUCUCUAUGCAGAUCCAGCAAAGGAAGUAUCAUUUGAAGAUCAUUGUAAAUACAAAUAUUUAUUCAACUAUAGAGGAGUUGCAGCAAGUUUUCGUUUAAAGCAUUUAUUUCUAUGCAAAUCAUUAGUAUUUCAUGUUGGUGAAGACUGGCUAGAAUUCUUUUACCCAUCUCUAAAACCUUGGGUACAUUAUGUUCCGCUCAGUCCAAAAGCAAGUCAAGAAGAAAUUAUGAAAUACAUAAUAUAUUUUAAAGAACAUGACUCAUUAGCUAAAGAUAUAGCCGACAGAGGAUUUCAGCAUAUUUGGGAUCAUCUUACUGAUAAAGAUGUCAAAUGUUAUUGGAAAAAAUUGCUGAAAAAAUAUGCUAAACUUGUUAAAUAUGAUAUCAAAAGAGAUAGUGAUUUAAAAAAAAUCUAAAAUAAAACUUACAUUUGGGAAUGAUCAAAGGAGUAAUAAAAAACGAUUUCGCUAUAAACUAAUAACUUUACUAGCACAUUUAUAAAGAAAAAUUGUUUACAAUAAGACAAAUUUAAUUAAAACUUGUUGGUCUUACAUAUAUGCAAUAUUUAAAGCUUUCAAUUGGAUUCGGGUAGAUUACACAAAUAAAGCUGGCGUCAA